ACAAAUGAUUUAUAAAUGCACAUUUAAUUUCAAUUUUAAAUAAUUAAAACUACAUCAACAGAACACUAAUAAAGUGUUGUAUAAUCUACCGAAAUAUUCCAGUACAAAUCAAGAGGAUGACGAGAGUGGUUUAUUUUUAUGCAAUAUUCCUGGCGAGCCUAGCCUAUUUCGAUGUUGAGGGCUCCUACAAGUUCAAUUCGCUGGCCUGCGAGGUUCUUAGCCCACAGCUGGGCUGGAUCAAAGAGUGUGCCAUCAAGGCCAUCGAUCGGAAGCGCAACAUGUUGAAUAUUGUGGCAUAUUUGAACAGAACCAUUACAGAAUUUCAAGUCCAUUUUCGAUUGGUGAAACGCGAAAGCGGAGGCUGGCAUCCGUUUCUGUACGAUAUGAAAGUGGAUGCUUGCAUGUUCUUCAGGAACCGCCGAAAACUGUUUAUUCCCAAUUUAAUUUACUCAACAUUAAAGCAGUUUACGAAUGUAAAUCACAGCUGUCCGUAUUUGGCUGGCACUGAACUAAGUCUGAUGCAUUGGACUCCGAAUGAAGCGAUGGUACUCGAGAAAUUUCCCGCAGAAUUUGGCCAAUAUGGACUACAUACAACUUGGUAUUCUGGCAAAGUGCGUGCUUUGGAAAUUAAUGGCUCAGUUCUAUACUAUAAGUGAUUUGUAUUUACUUAAUACCAUGCUCUUGAGGCUCAAAGAAUGACUGAUUCACUCUGGCACCCUUUCGGACACACUUUCUAACUAUCGCAGUGUAAGCCUUCAUACUGUACGCUUAUUCAAUCUCCGAUAAGACGUAAUGGCCAACUGGCUUGCAUUCAAAGCACAAAGAUUGGAAUAUCUAACAAAUUUUCUCGGUUUGUGGGCCACAUUCGAGCGUGUCCAGCUUUGGAUAUGCGACUCACGUUUAAGGCAAAAAUUAUAGCAAAUUAUCGGCGAACCGAAGCUGAAAAUACCCUUGCUGAUUCAUCGGAAAGUCUUGGACUUUUCUUAGUUUGAUGUUAUUUUCGGCACUGUUUCGGCUCCUAAGACCUGGCAUACCCUUGGCCAGGGUAUAUGCACAAAAAGUGUA